AUGGAGAAACAAGCCUCUGAAUCUCUCCCGAAAGACGGCGCUAGAAACGCGCUGGAGAAAAAAGAGAAGGCAACCGCUGCAUAUGUGCACAGGCUGGCCGCGAUUGCACGCAGCUGUGUGGAGUGGGGGCUGGGCGUAGGCGCUCUUUUUCUUUUUUUGACAGGAGUGCACAGAGAGAUAUCCAAGAACGGCGCUCUAUCGAUUUUUCCAAAAGCCGUGAUUCUGGCCACCGUUGGGAUUUCUGUGUACAACUGGCGGGGCGCCAUCUUUGACUCUGUCCUGUCCCGGCGGGAGGAGCAUCUUUUCUAUCACAAAACAGUGAUAGCCAUUAUUAUAGGGCUUUUUGGCGCUCUGUCUGGAAACCCGUGGCUGCUUUUUUUCUUGACAGCUCGGUCAUUGAAUCUGGAGAUGUUUGCGUUUAUGCUGCUCACGCACAUGCUUAUAUGGGGGUCUACAUGUUUUAUUGAAAGCGCCGCAAUUAACCAGGCCAUUUCUACCUAUCCAACCCUGGCAACAACGGUUGUAAACAUGGAGGAGAUACUUUCAGACAAGGGCAUGCACUGCGCAUACGACAGAAGCAAGAAAUAUCUUCUGGGCCUGUCUGUGGUAUACAUUUCUCUCUGCAUUUUGGGCUUUGUCUUUUAUCCGCACGCCGAAGUUGUGCGCCUUUUGGUUUUGAACCCAGCAGUGCCGUGUUUUGGCAGCGCUUCCUAG